CAUCACGUGGUCAGUUGAUCGUUCAUCACAAGAAAUGUGUGCCAAUCUUCUGUCAUUACUAAUGUAACUUUUAGCUUUGAUUGUUACGUUAGACCUGAGUGUAGGAAUUCAAGAAGGAAGAUUUGAAUUAUGAUAAUUCAAGAAGUGAAAAAAUAACCUGAAUAGAACCUUAACAAGAAGAUGUUGAUAUUACUUCUGUUUUUGUCUGGAGUUUGGUUAGAGAAUGGUGGAGCACAUGUGCUCAGAUACAACAUUAACAGCAACCCCGUCGCAUCCAACCUGGAUAGUUUCAUACAAUUUUCUGACCAAAAUAAAUUUGUUUCAAGUUUCCAUCAAGUAAGAGGUACACAACAUGAAAAGGGCAAACCUUCAACUCAUGGGGAACUCCUGAAAUUUGUAAAUAAUACAAUCACUAGAACCCUAUUGGCAACAUUUGGUUGUACUUUCUGUAAGGCUUCAGUUGGCUUACUGCAAGAAUUAGUGGCAGAGAGUUCUUCAGAAGAGGAAAUAAGAAUACAGAUAGAAAGAUUGUGUAUAUAUCUAGGAAUAGAGGAUGCUAGAGUGUGUGAAGGCCUUAGUCAUGAGUUUAAGACUGAAGUAUUGACAGUAUUUGAUCAGUUGAUUCUUAGACCUAAUGAAGUAUGUGCACUUCUAUUAGAGAAUUGUGGAACACCAUAUAAUCCUCUAGAUGACUGGAAUGUUACAUUAGCAAAUAGAACAAAACCACCAGUAGUACCUCCAAAACUUCCAAAGGCUAGUUCACCAACUCUAAGAGUUCUGCAAUUAUCAGACAUACAUCUUGACAUGCUUUAUAAAGUAGGUACAAACGCUGAGUGUAAUGAACCACUGUGUUGUCGACCACCUGAUGGUCAGCCUGCUAAAGGUGUACCUGGUGCAGGUAAAUGGGGAGAUUAUAGAAAUUGUGAUACAACAUCGUGGACUUUAGAUAACAUGUUUCAACAUUUAGUUAAUAUAUCAGAUCAGUUUGACUUUGUUUUAUGGACAGGUGACCUACCACCUCACAAUGUAUGGAACCAAACACGAACAGACCAAUUGGGCAUAUUGGAUACUUUGACUGCAAGAUUUAAAAAAUAUCUUCCAAAUAAAAUGAUAUUUUCAGCGCUGGGCAACCAUGAAAGUUCUCCAGUCAAUAGUUUUCCACCUCCUUUUAUCAAUGGUAAUGAGUCUAUUGAUUGGUUAUAUGAGGCAUUGGCAGAAGACUGGACAACCUGGCUACCAAAUUCUACAAUAGCCACAAUUAAACAGGGUGGUUUUUAUGAAGUAUCACCAUAUCCUGGUUACAGAAUAAUAUCAAUUAAUACAAAUUACUGUAAUAAUCAAAACUGGUGGUUAUUGUUAAAUACAACUGAUCCUGCUGGUCAACUACAGUGGUUAAUUGGUGCCUUACAACAAGCAGAAGAUAAUCAUGAAAAGGUUCAUAUAAUUGGACAUAUACCACCUGGUAUAUCUGAUUGUCUGCGGGCAUGGAGUUGGAAUUAUUAUAAAAUUGUUAACAGGUAUGAAAGUACAAUAGUGGGUCAGUUUUUUGGUCAUACUCAUGGAGACCAUUUUGAAGUCUUUUAUGAUGAAAAAGAUUUUAAACGACCAACUGGUGUGGCUUAUAUAUGUCCAAGCGUUACAACAUUUCCUCAACUGAAUCCAGCAUUUAGAAUUUACACCAUAGAUGGUAACUACACUGGGUCAUCGUGGGCUGUAUUGGAUCAUGAGACUUAUAUAAUGAACUUAACUUCAGCUAAUCUUUAUAAUAAACCAGAAUGGAAAUUAGAAUAUUCAGCUAAAAAAGAUUAUGGUAUGCCAUCUUUAUUUCCUGUUGACUGGAAUAAUUUGAUUGAUAAAAUGUCAACCAACAAUACUUUACUAUAUCAGUUUUAUAGAUAUUAUUAUAAACUUAGAACUGAUGGCAGCUGUGAUGAAACUUGUCGUAAAAGAGUUUUAUGUUCUCUACGAAGUGCACGUUCCCGUGAUAAAAACUUCUGUAUUUAUUAAUAAGAGAAUUAUUCUUUAAAAGAAUUGCCUUCCAAAAUUAUAUGUAAUUUUUAUUUUAAAACAUACACACUAUGCAGUGUGUGUGAGAGUACAUAUAAAUAUAUAAAAUGCCUUGCAGGGUAUGUAUGUAAAAAAAAAAUAUAUAUAAAAUGGCUUCUGUGUGAACACAACCUUGGUAAAAAAGAUAUUUUGUUAUUUUCUGCGGCAGGAUAAUAUAGCAUUAGUAGCUACUUAAUGCUGCAUUUAACAGUAAAACUAUAUUUAAUCAUUCGUGCAUAUAGCUGAGUAAAGCAGACUGGAUGACAAAUCUCAGCAUUGUCAAUCCACAACCGUAGAAUUCGGAUCAAUCCAAAACUUAUUCUUAUUCACACAAUGAAUUGCAAUUUCUUUAAUAAUGCUCAUUAUAAAUACUCAUUUCUUUCUUUCUUACUGUGCCCACAUUUCAUGUGAUAAUAUAGUAUCGUCAUUCCUCUAUUUUUGUUAACAAGUAUUAUAAUAUAACAUUCUACAGGCUGACUUUUUGAGGUUUUUAAGGGAAAACCCAGUGUUCAUAAAUGGGUGGCAUAGUUAUUGCCCCUGUUGUCAAAACAGUGUAUAGAAUAAUCAACUGGUGAAAGCCACACGUUCUUGCCCGUGUAAUAGAAACUUUAUGAGAAUUAUAUAUUACUGAUUAUGUUUGUGAUAAUUGUUAUCAGUAAUUGUUGUUUAUAAGUAAUUUAUUUAUACAUACCGGUAUGUAAUUUAAUGUUUAAGUUUGUAGUGUUUUGGAGAAUUUGUUGGUUUUUUUUAAAAAAAAAAUGUUAAUGUAAUAUUUAUAGGAGGUGGUGCUCAGUGAUAUAAACAUAUUUCUAUUAUUGGUUGAUUUUUUUAUUUGACACUCUUGAAAUAUGUCAUAUGAAUUAUAGGUGUCAGGAAUUAUAUGAUGUGAUUAUUCAUAUUUUUGAUAUGUGAUUAUUCAUGAAAUCUGUGUGAUUAUUGAUAAAAAAUCUUUCAUUUCAUUAAAGAUACAUUAUAUAAGAUUUUCUUGCUAUAAUAGUUCAAAAAUAGAUAAUGUAAUAUGAAUAUAUUGAAAAUUUCAUUCAAUUUACUUUAUUCGGAGCCAAGUAAUCACUGUUUGUAGUUUUGACAAGAUGUGUGCAUUAUUAUAACCACAGUACUGGUAUAUUUGAGUUUUGGCUCGCUUCUCCAAUUUUAAAUUAAAUCAUUAAAUGGCCGAACCAAUAUAAUCUACUUAAAACCUCAAGAAUCUGAUGCAAGAGUUGAUUAUGGUCUUGUCAUGUUAAUAAAUGUCCAAUUAAUAAUUUAUAUAACAUUUAAGGCCUAAAGAAAGUCCGGCAAUAGGCAAAUUUAGCUCUUGAAUAAUGUAUCUUUAAGCUACCAUGCUAUAUUAGUCAAGGUUGAUUUUAUUGCCUCUCUCCAAGAUAGUGGGGAAAAAUAAUCAGUUUGUGCUCAUGUUGGUCAUUCCCCUAGAUUCUUAAUAUAAUUAAAUAACUCGACUGAAACAUAAAAAAUUUAUUUCAGAAGGGAAAAAAUUAGAAUACAUUAAUAAAUAUAAUUGUGUACAAAAAUAUUAAUAAAUAUCACAGAAAUAAAUUAAUAUAUAACAAUUAUUAAGAUAGAUUGAUAAAUUGCUUUUCUAGUGUUAGAAAAAUAUAUAUUUUUGUAUAAGUGCUGUCAUUAAUGUUUAAAUCAGAAUUAAAAAAAUCAACUUAA